CUCUGACCGCCUGCCAUUUCGAUCUCGCCUUGGGAUUGGGCCGUUCUUGUCGCAAGAACUAUUAUGUAAUCGGGCUUUAACAACCACACCUUGUACCUUUGAGCCCUUGACGAUCUUGUUCCGCCUCUACAUUACACCCGACCGCUAGACUACCGUAAGAAGUUUACCAACCAUGGAUAUUGACGAAGAGGACGAUUUCUAUGCGCCUGAAGAGCCAGCAGCUCCCCAAGCGCCCGCAGCAUCCACCACUGCGCCGGUGCCCGCAGCAAAAGCAAAGCCCGAUGCAAAUGAUGAGCUUGAGGAGGGCGAGGAGGAGGACGAGGGUGGCGAGAUGGAUGAGGACGACGACGACUCUGAUAUUGACAUAAUAAUCGAGAGAAAAGAUGGCUCUAAGGCUGCCCCUCCACCGCAAUCACGAUACAGCGAGAUCAGGAAUAUACCCCAGCGCUCCACCUCAAACGAAACAGCCGUGAAGGCUGCCCCCGUCCAGAAGGAAGAGCCUAGGCCGCCGGCGGCGAACCUGCCGCCCGUAUCGACUUCCAAGAUCAAUGUUAACGCAAUACCGACAUAUAAGCCACUUGGCAAGCCGUUAACACAGAUCAACAUCGACGAAGACCUCGGCGAAGGCGACAAACCGUGGCGCAAACCAGGUACCGACCUGUCAGACUAUUUCAACUACGGCUUUGAUGAGUUUACGUGGGCACUGUAUGCGCAAAAGCAAGAGACUAUCCGAGGCGAAUACAGCCAGGAAGUGGUCGCCCAGAAUAACAAGAAGAUGAUGGAGGAAAUGACCAACAUGAUGAUGAUGGGGGGCAUGAUGCCAGGCCUCCCGGGAGCUGGUGCUGGUGCGCCAGCCGGAGCAGCGGCCGGCGCGGCCAUGCCAGGCAUCGAGGGCAUCUCGCCGGACAUGCAAGCCAUGAUGCAACAGAUGAUGGCUAGCGGUAUAGAUCCGAGCCAGAUGGAUAUGAACUCCAUGUCGGCCAUGUUUUCUGGGAUGCAGAACCCAGCUAGCGCCGGAGGUGCUGGUGGCCAAGGAGGCCAAGGACAGAACUUUGGCCAGGGAUUUGGCGGUAAUCAGGGUCAGGGUUACGGCUACGACCAGCAGAUGGGCGGUGGCGGUGGUGCUGGUAGUGCUGGCGGAGGAGGCGGCGGUGGAGAGAUUGAAAUCUUUGCCCUGCACUUUACGAUUCUGCUAACGCUAAUCCUCGCUCUUCGCAAGGGCAACAAGAUUGGACUGGCAGAUGCUUUGUGGAACUCGACACAGGGACACAGUUGGCCAGUUGAAGGCACCAGUUUCAAAGAUGACGGGGACGUGCCGUCGUCUGUGAAAGACUUUCCCGCCGAGCUGCAAGCUACUCUCAAGUUGUGGACUGAACGCCUCGUGCGAAAGUCGAGCGACGAGGGGUGGCCGACGUCCUCCGUCACAGACACCAGGGCUCCGCAGAACGCCGGUGACCCAGCCACGACUGGUGCAGACUCUGAGGAUAUAUCUGACAUUUCAAAGACUCGGCAAGCCCUUGUAGUCUCGGGCCUGGUUGCUAGUGCAGACACGAUCCUCCCGGCCGAAGACGACGCAGCGUCACAAUACGAGGAGAACCUCCACGUUGCGCGGAUAAAGGCAUUAUCGAACAUCGAGGUUGAGAUGCUGGCUUGGUCGCUCUUGUACGCGCUGAGGGCAGCCUAG